UGUACUUUUUACUGUUCUAUUUGGAAACUUUUAAGAAGUAAUGAAUAUGUUGUCUGUGAAAAAACGGCAACACCGAUUCUAACUUGUGUCCAAGAUUCUUCAAUUGAAGGACAUGAAAAACAAAAAUAUCCAAACAAGUUUUGCCUUUGGCUGUGUUCUACGUUCUACUUUCUACUACGUAUCAGUGAUGAAAUAUGGAACGGUGUUUCUCGUGCAUGCGCGCCCAGAAUGACAGUAACGUAACCUAUGGUCGGGGAGAAGGUAGUAAAGCAGCGACCAAGACCUGAUAAGUGCACUACGAAUUUUUGAUGCACGGUGAUCAAGGUACCCCAUUUUAUCGAAAGAUUUACGUACUUCACUGAUGGUAAAUUCGAUGCGCAUGCGUGAUAAAACCAGUUCCAUAUCUAAUAUUAGACAUAAAACACGUUCCAUAUCUUAUCAUUGACUGCGUGACACUACGUGUGUUCCUGGCUGAAAACUAAACAUACAGCGAUGAUGGACCAGGAGGAACAGGUCCGUAAAUAUGGAAUAUCUCAACUUAAUGUGGAAAUUUUGUUUAUUCUGAUUUUAUCCCUCUUGUAAAAUUAUUUUCUCGGUUACUUAAUCCUUUAUGACAUGGUUAGCGUACAUUUGACAAUUCUGACUCAAGAUGGAGAUUUCUAGUAAUAACCUGUUAAUUAAUGAAAAACGAUCAGUUCAGGCUCUGUACACGUUCUAGAGCCAGGCAUUUACGUAGAAAGCGAAUGCACGAUGCCCGUAGGGCUGAAAAGCAACAAGAUUGUUCAUUUAAUGGGAUAGAUGUUGAAUCUGACUGUAAAAAUUCAUUAUCUAUUACUGAAAUAGUCAGUAAUCAAGAAGUUUCUGCUGAAAAUGAUACAGAGGAUACACAAACAAUAACUAAGUCCAAAGCUCGCAGAUUAAGGAAAAAGAAUAAAAAUAAAUUGGAAGAAAGCAUUUGUCCCUAUUCUUACUAUUCUGCCAAUUCACCUCUUGCACCACUUCUGAAAUGUUUUAGAACAGAGAGUUUUUGUUAUCCAUGUUCUUGUAACAAACAUAUGAAACAAAGGGACGCUGAAAUUUAUAGUAAUUAUUUGGUGGCAAAUGUAUUUAGUGAUCCGUUCCAAAGGAUUAAAAAGGUGAUCAACAAUAUAGACAAUUUAUCCGAACGAGAUAGUAAUGCAUUGAAAUCCUUUGGAUUUCCUAAAGAAUACUUUUCUAGGUGUCUGAAAUCAAUUUUACAAGAACAAUUGGAAACUAAGGUAGUUACAGAUCCAAUUAUAAGUUCAGAAAAUAAUACACCUGACUUGAAUUCUUUGCAAACAGAAAUUUUAGGCUCUAAAGAACAAUUACCUAUGAUACAAAAUAAUAAUAACUCGUCAAAUAUAACUUCUUCGUUAGAUAACAUUGAACUUGAUAAAUUAGGAUCUACAUCAUUAUCAAAUUCGCCGAUUGCUACAAAAAUGACUGAAAAUAAAAUGAAUAUUUCGGAAAAAACUCGAGAGGAAGUGAAAAACGAACGAGCAGCAAAAAAGGCAGCUAAGGCGCUUGCCAAAGCGAAAGCAAAAACAGAUAAGGUACAAACUAAAGCUGAUUCCAGCAACAAAUCUGCAUCCACCGAUAGUACUAAUGAUGAAAAGACUAUUGAAAUACCAGACAGUGCAUCUAGCGAAAAUGUCCAGAAUAAAAUACCCCCAAGUCAUAAGACUAAUACAUGCGCGAAAAAUGCACCAGUAGAAACUAAUGUUGAAGGGAGAAGCAAAGCAGAAUUACGUGCUGAAAGGAGAGCGAAACAGGAGGCGCAAAGAGCUGUCAAACAACAGGUCCUGCAUGAGAAAACUAAAGUGAAGACUAAAGAAAACGAAGAAAGUAAGGUUUCCGUAGUGCAUCAGAUUGCAGUUCCAGCUGACUGUGCAAAGAAACCUACAAUGCCUAAAAAAUCUAGUUUAAAAGAAAAUACUCAUGAAAUCAAUCUUUUCAAGCAUUUGUACCAUGAAAGAGAGCAAGCCAUCGUCAAUGUUCUUCCAGUAAAUUCACACAUACACCCGAAAAUAGUCAGAUUAGGUGCACAGUAUGCCCAAAAAGUGAUAGUUGGCAGUAAUGCGAGAUGUGUAGCUCUCUUGGCCGCUGUGAAAGAGCUUAUUCAAGAUUUCGAACGACCAUCACAGGCUGACUUUAUCAGAGGUCUCGAAUCAAGUUUGUUAGAAUCAAUGGCUUACUUGCAUCACUGUAGACCAUCGGCUGUUUCUAUGCAGAAUGCGUUGAGGCAUCUAUUGAGACAAAUGACACAGCUAUCUUCUGCGUUAUCCGAUGCGGAUGCAAAAUGUAAAUUGCUCAAUGUGAUAGAUACUUACAUACGCGAACAAAUACAGCUCGCUGAUGAUGCGAUAUCAUUGACCAUUCAGCAAAAAGUGUCUAAUGGGGACGUUAUCUUGACGUAUGGCUACUCGUCUUUGAUUCAUAAAAUCCUGUUAGACGCGCAUACGGCAGAGAAACAGUUCCGUGUCAUAGUUGUGGAUGGAAGGCCUUGGUUAGAAGGAAGGGAACAGCUCAGACGUUUAGCACAGCACGGCAUCGAGUGCUCCUAUAUUCUAAUUAAUGCUCUAAGCUACGUAAUGCCAGAAGUGAGUAAAGUCUUCCUGGGUGCUCAUGCAAUAUUGGCCAAUGGCGCUGUCAUGUCGAGGGCUGGUACCGCACAAGUUGCUCUGAUGGCGAGAGCCUUUAAUAUCCCAGUUCUGGUGGCUUGCGAAACCCACAAAUCCUAUGAGCGUGUACAGACGGAUUCUAUUGUUUAUAAUGAACUAGGUAACGCGAAUGAACUUGCGCAGGGAUGCGGCUCAAAAAAAUGUCAGCUGACCAAUUGGAAAACGAAGAAGUCCUUAAAUCUUUUAAAUAUUACCUACGAUGUCACACCAGCUGAUCUGGUUACAGCUGUUGUUACGGAAUUAGCGAUUUUACCCUGCACCAGUGUCCCUGUGAUUUUACGAAUCAAACCGUCUGAGAUUUAAUUCUUCACAAUAAUUAAUUAUAUAGUAUGUAAUACUAAAUGUUCUAUAAUCAAAUAUUUCGAGAACUAA